UUUAUAUUAUGUAGGGUAUCCUGCAUUUCCAAAAGUCAUGGAUAUCAAUCAGAUUCUUGAAAUUUUGCCUCAUAGGUUUCCUUUUUUAUUGGUAGAUAGAGUGAUUGAAUACAAUCCUGGAGUUUCUGCCGUUGCUAUAAAGAAUGUUACAAUCAAUGACAAUUUCUUUCCUGGUCAUUUUCCUGAAAGACCUAUCAUGCCUGGUGUUCUCAUGGUUGAGGCAAUGGCACAAGUUGGUGGUUUGGUAAUGUUGCAUCCUGAUGUCGGUGGUUCUCGUGCAAACUUCUUCUUUGCCGGAAUAGACAAAGUGCGAUUUCGUAAGCCCGUGAUUGCAGGGGACACUUUAGUCAUGAGAAUGACACUUACCAAGCUGCAAAAGCGAUUUGGAAUUGCCAAGAUGGAUGGUAAGGCAUAUGUUGGUGGUGAAGUUGUAUGUGAGGGUGAGUUUUUGAUGGCCAUGGGGGGCUAAUAAGUAUAGCACAUUCAU